GUCGACUUGGCAACGCAGCUUGGCUUGAUGCGAGCGCCACCCGGCGGUUUCGAGCGAAAGCACGCAGUGCACGGCACGCCACGAUCAAACAGCAGUUGGAGAGAGUUGGUGUGUGCUGUCUGGUGUUUUAAUAGUUGCGUUGAAAUAAUUGAGGUUUUUUCCAUCGCCAGUAGUUAUUAAGACUGUUCGAGUUAUGGCCACGGCUAUGUUUUUCUCCGAGGGGACGUGCUCGCAGUACGAGCAAGUGCUGAAGCUGUAUCCGCAAGCUUUGAAGCUGAAAGCGGACAGACGUCCAAAAAAACCGGAGGAACUGAUAAAACUGGACGAUUGGUAUCAAAAUGAGUUGCCUAAAAAGAUCAAGUCUCGCGGAAAAGACGCGCACAUGAUCCACGAAGAAUUGGUUCAAACAAUGAAGUGGAAACAAGUCCGAGGCAAGUACUACCCGCAACUGAACUACCUGGUGAAAGUGAACACGCCUCGCGCCGUGAUGGCGGAAACGAAGAAGGCGUUCAAGAAGCUGCCGAACCUGGAGCAGGCCAUCACCGCCCUGUCGAAUCUGAAGGGGGUGGGCACCACGAUGGCGUCGGCGCUGUUGGCGGCCGCCGACCCCGCCAGCGCCCCCUUCAUGGCCGACGAGUGCCUCAUGGCCAUCCCGGACAUCGAGGGCAUCGACUACACCACCAAGGAGUACCUAAAGUUCGCCCAGCACAUCUGCCUGGUGGCCGAGAGGCUCAACAAGGAGAGCCAGCUGAACAAAAAGCCCGAGGCUGUGGUGUGGUCCGCGCACAAGGUGGAACUGGCCCUGUGGACGCACUACAUCCUGAGCGACCUCAAACCCUCUCUGCUCUCUCACAUUUGUCCGUUGGCCAACGGCAACUCGAUCAGCAGCGUGGUGCUGAACUCCAACGGCGACAGCCUGGACACGGCCGGCACUUCCGACGAGAGCAACCAAGGCGUGCCGACCGGCCGCGGCCUGAACGGCAACAGCAACAAAACGAGUUCCGGCGUGGACGUGGCCGCCCUGGACGAGGACACCACCACCUCCUUCACCACCGACAACAGCCCGCCGCCGUCCGCCCUCCUGCUGCAAAACGACGAGACCAACGACUCCCUAGUCUCGGCAGACAGCACCACAAAGGAUUCCGUGGGAGAGGAUUCCAACAGCUUAGGCGGCGUUCCCACGUUCACCAACACGACCACUUUAAAGCGGCCGCUCGAAAGCGACGAAAACUCGGACGCGGCCGCGAAAAAACUGAAAGACAACGUGGGCGACAAGUGACAAACGCUCCACUACUUUUAACUUUAAUUUCUCCUUAUACAUAUUAUUAUUAAUAAUAUUAUAUCGAUUACACACUUCAUUAUUUCAUACUUUUUUAACUUUAAUUAUUUUUUAACCAUGUUGUAAACACACUAGAGACACAAACAAAC